CUAGGAGCGAGCUAGGUCACCGGAGUCCCCGGCAGGCGUAGCGGCACCGCCCCCGGCCCGCCUCAGAAGGUAGACUGUGCAUUUGAUUCGUCUGAAUGUUGAUCAAUCUAGAGAUACCUUGUUAUUAUUGGACAAAAGACGACUCAAUCGCUCAAACCGGGAGCGGAAAGAGGCGUAGCUAGGAAGUUGCCCGCCCGUACGAAGUGUUGAUUGGAGAAACGUUUGUUUUCGCUUCGGCUGGUUGGUGUUUGGAGUUUUUCGCCACCCCGAGAUAUGAUCAUGUGAUCCCUCAACUUUCACCCAGGAUAUCUAUUCCAGACUUCCCCUUAGCAACCAACCGAGUGGUGGCGCUUGGUUCCCCAGCAACAGAGAGACGUGUUUCCUGCGGAGAAUCAGCCCUGUUCGCAGUGCUUGAGAAGGGUCUCUGUUUUUCAGAUCCAGUUAACCAGGUGGUUGUUUCCCAGGGAAAUACCGAUCUGUUCCCGGUGAGGAGGCUACUUGACUGAUAGGGAAGAUGAACCGGAUCUAUGACUCGGUGGAGCCAAGAGUGAUGGACGAUGACCUGCUCAAGCUGGCGGUGGGGGAGCAGGGCCCCCAGGAGGAGGCCGGGCAGCUGGCCAAGCAGGAAGGCAUCCUCUUCAAAGAUGUCCUGUCUCUGCAGCUGGACUUCCAGAACAUCCUCCGCAUAGACAACCUCUGGCAGUUUGAGAACCUGCAGAAGCUGCAGCUGGACAACAACAUCAUUGAGAAGAUCGAGGGCCUGGAGAACCUCACGCAGCUGGUGUGGCUGGAUCUGUCUUUCAACAACAUCAAGGUUAUCGAGGGGCUGGACACCCUGGUGAACCUGGAGGACCUGAGUUUGUUCAACAACCGGAUCUCUAAGAUCGACUCUCUGGAUGCACUGGUCAAGCUGCAGGUGCUGUCACUGGGCAACAACCAGAUCGACAACUUGGCGAACCUUUUUGUUGACAAAGACACGAUUGUUAAUGCUGUUGGGGCAUCCCAUGACAUCCACCUCCUGAAGAUUGACAAUAGGGAAGAUGAGCUGGUGACCAGGAUCAACUCUUGGUGUACACAUUUAAUAGACAAGAUUCACAAGGAUGAGGUCAUGAGGAACCGCAGGCGAGUGAAGGAGAUCAAUCAAUACAUCGACCACAUGCAGAGCGAGCUGGACAACCUGGAGUGCGGGGAUUUGGAUUAGAUACAUGUCAGCCAGAGGGUCCCUUCCCAAAUGCAGUGUGAGCCCCCAUGAGGAAGUGGACACAUUCACUGGCUGCCUCAGGACAGAAUUAUUGACAGUUCCUCAAUCCAUGUCUCCUUAAACACCAUUCUUCCCCUCCCUACCCAGGAGGAAGUUUCAAAUGUAGAGUAAAAAAAGAAAGAAAAAUUGA